AUGAGUAACAACAGGGACAACCUUCUCCGGUUCUUCGACCGGCCCACGGAGCCCUGUUUCUUGCAGAAAGGCGAGGACAGUGCUGCCUUCGAGGUGCCUGAUCACUACUACCCAGAUAAAUACAAGAGUCUGACUAAUUCGUUGUCUAAUCGUUUUGGGAGCGGCGAUCUGCGUGCUAUACCUGUAAAAAACAUCGCCCUACCCGACUUGACUCUGCCUCUCGAACUGUCUUAUAAUGACCAGUUCUCGUUGUUCGUGGCAAAACAUCGCAGGAUGGCUGGGAAACUCAUUGACAUCUUCCUGAAUAUGCGUGACGUGGACGACCUCAUUUCUCUGUGCUCGUACUGCCAAAUGAGAAUUAAUCCUUACAUGUUCAACUAUUGCCUCUCGGUAGCCAUUUUGCACAG